GUCACAUCGUGUUGUGAUUCUUGUCGGCACCGAAUCAGCCGCAUCUCGCGUCGUGCAGGCGAGACACGGAGUGCCAGUGAUCCUCUGACUGCCGGAGGGAACGAGACUCUUGGAGGCUUCACGAUGAAGGGUCGUGUUCUGCUGCUGGCCCUUUUGGUGGCCGCCAUCUGCACUGUUGAUGCUGAGAAACACCGCAAGCGUCACAGGCGGCUGCGCAAGACCACCACGACCGUGGCGCCCCCUGUGCAGGUCGGAGAUGACAACGCCAACGAGCUGGACUCUUCCCUGCCCGACGCCUCGUCUGACCCGGUAAUCCUGUCGGCGUCGGAGCUGGAGGACGAGCGGCGCUUCCUCGAGCACCAGAAGACGCACGACGACUCCGCCGAGGCCGACCGGGAACACGCUAACGAGAUCUAUGAUGACCCGUGCCUGCGCGUGCACUGCAGCGCGGGGCGCGUGUGCGAGAUCGACGAGCAGGGCGAGGCCGUGUGCAACUGCAUCAAGGAGUGCCCCACCGAGACCGACCACCGCCGCAAGGUGUGCACCAACCACAACGAGACGUGGUCGUCAGACUGCGAGGUGUACCGGCAGCGCUGCGAGUGCCUGGAGGGGUCGGAGCUGUGCCGCGGCCCGCAGUACCACCACGUGCAGAUCGAGUACUACGGCGUCUGCCGCGAGAUGCCGGAAUGCUCCGAAAGCGAGAUGUCGGACUUCCCGCGGCGCAUGCGCGACUGGCUGUUCAACAUCAUGCGCGACAUGGCGGAGCGGCACGAGCUCAACCCGCACUACCUGAAGAUGGAGAGGGAGGCCGAGAGCAACCUGACAAGACGCUGGACUAACGCCGCCAUCUGGAAGUGGUGUGAUUUGGACGCUCAUGAUAAUGACAGAUUCGUGUCCCGCCACGAGUUGUUCCCUAUCCGCGCGCCACUCAUGUCCCUCGAGCACUGCAUCGCGCCCUUCCUGGACCGCUGCGACGCUGACGACGACCACCGCAUCCGCCUCGCCGAGUGGGGCAAGUGCCUCGAGCUGGACGAGAAUGAACUAGAAGACCGCUGUGAUGAGUUCACAGAAGAAGAUGACUCUUGAAGAUGAAUCGUUUUGUA